AUGUGGGUGUGCUGUAUGCAUAUCCAUUCUAUCCCCUACCUCUCCCUUUGGAGUGAAGACAAAGACGCGAGUCCCCAACAGGUCCCGCAUUAUAGUAUCCACAAAUUCCCGGGAACUCAUAUUGCCCACAAAUUCCUCCUGCCACUCUCUUAUCGCAUUGAGCCAACCAACCUGGAAUUGGAAUAUUUUAAUUUGCACCAACCCUCUUUCCAAGUGUCAAAAAUGAAGUAAACAGUAUAUAUAUAUAUAUAUAUAUACUCUUCCACAAAACGAGUGUAUGUGUGUGUGUGUGUAUGUGUGUGUGAGAGAGAGAGAGAGAGAGAGAGAGAGAGAGAGAGAGAGAGAGAGAGAGAGAGAGAGAGAGGACAAUUAAUAAACAAAGUUGAUGCAAUACCCUCAAAACGAUGUCUGAAUUUUUGA